AUGAUUGAUUGGCUAACUAUCGUUAUUGCAUUGGUUAUCAUUGCAACAUUAGUAGGUUUCUUUGGCUUUUUGGCAUGGAAAAUAAAUAUGUCCGACCCGUUGGCGAACGACGAUAGUAAUCAACAUUCGGAUGUAACAAGUGAGAAAAAGAAAAAGGAAAAAACACUUGUCGAUCAAGGAAAGAAGAAACGCAAAGAUCAAAAGAAACCCAAACGUGAUGCCAAAGACGAAGAACAAGUACGAACGAAAGCGAAAGGAACAACAGUACAAGCUAGUGAAGAAACCGAUGAUGAACAGGAAGAAAGCGAACAAGAAUUAGUAAAUCUACAACAAUCACAAACUGCUGAAAAUUCGUCAAAAGCUCGUAAACGCAAUAAAAAUAAGACACCAUUAACUCAAGUCGAAGCAAAUGUUAAAAGCGCAACAGCACGAGCACCACCGGUAACUCAUCCAAAAUCAACAACGACUAAAAAUGAAGUCGAAACAAAUAAACAACAAACGAAAGGUCAAAAACAGCCACAGUCAACAACCACCAACAAUAAACCAACAAUGGCAACAACAACAACUAAAAAGUCGGCCGAAGUCAUCGAAGAUCAUGAACCGUUUACAGUGGUUGGUGGUAAUCGACAUAAAUCGACAGCAGCACCAUUGCAACAGCAACAAAACAAACCUCAUGCUAAUCCUGCAACACCAACUGUUGUUCCUGUUCAGCAAUCAUCUCCAGCUUCAGUUCAACGCCAACAGCCUACACAAAAGCCAACAAUAGUUCAAGUUAAUACUCCGACAGCAACGACCUCACUACCCCCUAAACAACAACAACAACAAACAAAAGCAACACCACCAACAGCUAAAGUUGCUGAUCUUAUUAAAGCUCUUCCAUCUUCUCAACUUGCUGUUACUGAAUUAAUGUGCGCACUCGACGCAUACCCAUUAUCAACUGAUGAAUUAGAUAUAAUCAUGCAAAAGAUUGCUAAUAAGCAACUACUCGUCAAACAAGAUUGGAGUAAAUUACAACUUGGCCAAAAAAUCGAUCCUAAAAGCCACAUUGGGCAGGUGAUGGAUGAAUCAGCCAAAGCCUAUGCUGAUGAUAUGAAAACAAACUCCAUGAAACGUGUCAAAGAGCUAACUGACGAGCUCAAUGCCGAAAAACGCCGCAAUCAUGAUCUCUUAAAAGAAAAAACUGAUAAAGAACGUGAAAAUCAAAUUCUUCAUGCUCAAUUAGAUUCCGUUUCCCAUAAAUCAACUCCUUCGCAGGGUGCUACUCAACCUCAGCAACAAAAACUUCAAACACUCGAAAUGCAAGUGAAACGUUUAACUGAAGAAAACGCUCAAUUACAACAACAAUUGACAACGACAAACACUGGAGAUUCAAACAAUCUCAAAUUCCAAUUGUUAAGUGAACAAGUGAAGAAACUAUCGAUGGAUAAUGCUAAUUGGGAAAAGAAAGCUCACAGUAAUGAUUUAUUAGCUAAGGAAGCACAGAAGGAAAAAGAAGAUCUACUUCGUUACAAUGAGCAACUGACAAGAUUACUCCAAGAAAGUGAAAAAGAAUUGAAAUCAGUCGAAGAAAAAUUCCAUCGUCAAUCAAAUGAUCAGGAAGUCGACGAACUUAAAAGUCGCAUUACGCAGCUCGAAAGUGAGAAUGAACAACUACGCCGCGAAGAUAUUGUUCACGUUGAACCAUCGUCGCCGACACACGUUCAAACAUUCACAGUCAGCACUGAAGAACGUGAACAAUUCGAAAAGGAAAUUCAACAAUUGAAACAAACAAUCGAAUCGAAACAGGAACAAGAACGCGAAUUCGAAAACACCAUACAAACAUUAACGAAAGAAAUUGAGGAAUUAAAAAAAGAAAUUAACCUCCAACAACAAACGAAUGAAUCUCACAAUCAAGAAAGUAAUGCUCUGCGCAAUGAAGUUGAGCAACUGAAAUCUACUGUUGCUAAAUCCGAAGAAAAUCUUCAUCAAGAGCGUGAAAAACUCCGCAAAAUGCUUACUGAUCUCCUCACUGAAGAUCUUCGAAUUCAACUACCACAAGACAAUCAGGAUUCAGAUCAUUGGUUUUCCACCUAUCGACAAUUGGUAGAAACCAACAAGCACAAUAUGCAAGAGGAAUGUGCAGGAUUGAAACGCGAAAAUGAUCAACUUCAAAGAAACAUGAAUGACAUUGAAAAUCAAUUGAAAGAGAUUGAAAAAACUGUACAAAAUAAAGAAGAAUCACUACUCUCUGAAUUGAAAGAUAAAGAAUCAGUCGUCGAAACAGUUCGUAAUGAGAAUGAACAUUUAACUGGUGAAAUCCAACGUCUUCGCAAUGAAAUUCAACAGCUACAAUCGAUGCACGAUGCAUCAACGAAUGAAGUUUGUGCAUUAAAACACCAGCUUGACGAAAAACUUCUGCUUGCUACUAACAGUCCAGCAGUGAUUGCUGACGAAUCAUUUGAACUUGUUAAACAACCAUCACCAUCAUUAUCACCGAUUGUGAUUGACAUUCGUGCUGAACAGUUGAAUGAAUUGAUUCGCUCAAGUAAAGAAGCACUUGAAAAUCAAGAUUCAAUCACUCAACAACUCGAUAAACAUUUGAAUGACAUACAUCCUAGUGGCCAAGGAGAGACUUCAACAUCAGUAGCGUCUUCUGAUACCAAUCAGUAA